AUGGCCGUGUGGACCCGCGCUUGUAAAGCGGGGCUGCUGGAGCUGCUGCUACGGGAACGCUGGGUGCGGGUAGCGGCGGAACUGAGCGGCGAAGCGUUGAGCCUGACGGCGGAACCGGGAGGCGGCGAGUCGGCGGUGCUUAACGGCGUGGUUAACGGCAACGCGGAGGCGGCGCCCGGUUGCGUGCGGAGGGUGCGGGUGGUGAAGGCGGAGGCGGGAGGGCUCGGUAUCAGCAUCAAGGGAGGUCGGGAGAAUCGUAUGCCGGUGCUCAUCUCGCGUAUCUUCCCGGGGCUGGCGGCGGAACGGAGCGGGGCGCUCCGUCUGGGCGACGCCAUCCUCGCCGUUAACGGCGUCGAUCUCCGGGAUGCCACCCACGAUCAAGCCGUCCAGGCGCUGAAGAGAGCCGGCAGGGAGGUCAUCCUCGAAGUGAAGUUCAUGCGGGAGGUGACCCCCUACAUCAAGAAGCCCUCGCUGGUGUCGGACCUGCCGUGGGAGGGGGCCGCCCCGCAGUCGCCCAGCCUGAGCAGCAGCGAGGACUCAGGCUCCCCCCAGCACCAGGGCCCCCGCGACCGCAAGGUGAUCCCCCUGAAGAUGUGCUUCGCCGCCAGGAACCUCAGCAUGCCCGACCUGGAGAACCGGCUGAUCGAGCUGCACUCGCCGGACAGCAGGAACACCCUGAUCCUGCGCUGCAAGGACACGGCGACGGCACAUUCCUGGUUCAUGGCCCUGCACGCCAACAUCACCGCCCUGCUCCCGCAGGUCCUGGCCGAGCUCAACACCACGCUGGGCACCGGCGGUGCCGCGGCCGGCGGCAGGGAGGUGAAGCACAUCGCCUGGCUGGCUGAGCAGGCGCGCCUGGACGGAGGGCGGCAGCAGUGGCGGCCGGUCCUCAUGGCGGUGACGGAGAAAGACCUGCUGCUGUACGACGGCAUGCCCUGGACCAGGGACGCCUGGGCUUCCCCCUGCCACAGCUACCCGCUGGUGGCUACCAGGCUGGUCCACUCGGGCUCGGGCCGCCGCUCGCCCUCCAUGGGCUCGGAGCUCACCUUCGCCACCCGGACGGGCUCUCGCCAGGGUGUGGAGAUGCACGUCUUCCGCGUGGAGACCCACCGGGACCUCUCCUCCUGGACACGCGUCCUCGUCCAGGGCUGCCACGCUGCCGCCGAGCUGGUCAAGGAAGUGACCGUGGGCUGCACGCUGGGUGGGCAGGAGGUGCAGCUUUCCAUCCACUACGAGGGCGGCUUCACCAUAUGCCGGGAAGAGCCGGGCGGCAGCGUCCUCUUCCGCUACCCCUACGAGAGGCUGAAGAUGUCGGCAGACGACGGCAUCAGGACCCUCUACCUGGACUUCGGGGGCCCCGAGGGGGAGCUGGCGCUGGACCUGCACUCCUGCCCCAAGCCCAUCGUCUUCAUCCUGCACACCUUCCUCUCGGCCAAAGUCACCCGCAUGGGGCUGCUGGCGUAG